AGUAACAUAUCCAACAAAAGAAAUGUCAAGUGAACCAACUGAAUCACAAAUAAUAGUAGCAAUAGAAGAGUUCUUCAAGGAUACUGGGACCUGGUCGCUAAUCAAGUUUCUUCAAUACAGAAAAGAGGUUGAUGAUUUUACGUAUUCCAAAAGACGAGAGCAUAGGUUGUACAAGUCGGCUUUGAAAGCGCUUUCUGGUGAUCAAGCCGAAAUAUGUCUUCUCAAUUUUGAAGUUGGUGAAGGUGAACUUCGUCUUCCCUCGGAUGCCUUCGUCCCAUCGGUUGAAGAGAAAUUCUCCGAAACUGUAAAAAAUUUUUGGAUAUUGAUUGAUAAGGAACGCUUUAAACAUGAAAUCGAGAAUAUAAAGUUGGACUACACCAAACGUGUAUUGAGUGAUACCAACAAUGAGACGCAUCAAAUACGUACUAUUGUUACAGAUAACGCAAUAAAAACACUGAAGCAUGCGUUAGAAGGCGAUGAAAGUAAUAAGGAAAGAAAGAAGUCUGUAAGUGUAAAAGAAGAAAGAGCGCAUUGCCCAGACACUAGUAGUACUAUACCACCAUCACAACCACCGGAAUUAACUAAUAGCGGUUAUACUACGCCAUUACCACGUAGUCCAACAUCAAACGAUUCAUUGAUAGAUCCUCCAAUGCUUGUCGAUCGUAUCAACAAUCCAUUCUUGGAUGAAGAUGAGGUAGACGAUAUCUUAGUAAUAGAUGAUGUUGAUGAUCUAUGCUUUAUGAACGGGAACCCAGCCGAUGAUUAUAAAAUAGAAGGGACUAAUGUGUCUUAUUUGUUCCGGAAGUAUCAGAAUAAUUCCAGAAAUAUUGCAAAAACAGAAGGUUUAUUUGUCGAGUCGAACGUUCAUGAAAUACUUUCACUUUCAUCAAUUUUCUUGCUUAUACCCGAUUCACACUCAAGAAAUAUGAUCGAUAUAUUUGGUUCUCCGCUAUUAGAUGAGAUUCACCAGCAAAUCAUGCCGACACCGCAAAUUGCAUUGGAUUCAGAGUGUGAAGCAAAAUUCAGGGACGCAAUAAGGCGAGUAACAAAAGAAUCGCUUAGUCAUGCUACGGAUUGGUUGAUGGCUGAACUUACCAACAAUAAGCCUUUGAAGGACAAUAUGGGAUUUGUAAUCCUGGACUGUAUAAGAUCAUUACCUCUUACGAGGAUUAAAAAUGAUCCUAGUGAAAUGACAUUGGUAACUAACUAUUUAGAUCACAUAAUGAGGGGGAUGUUGCAUGAUCCUAACAGGCAUAUUGUUGAAUGGCCCAAUACUGGUUUUGAUGAAAGCAAGGCGAGGAAGUCAGAAGGAAGAUCCAAACAACCAGACUUCGUAGUAUCCGUGAUUCAUCAAUUACAGACAUGUGGUGUCAUAUUUGUGGGCGAAGUAAGUCCACCUUCGGAAAAGAACAAUGUAUACAAGAACUGUAAGGACAUAAUUCGCGUUGGAAUUUUUAUGAAAGAUUGUUUGGACUCAAGCAUAGAAAGGGGUGCAGACUUGAAGGUUUUAGGUUUUCAAUGCGUCGAUUACAGAAUGGAUUUCUAUAUGAUGGAUCUCUUCCAGGGAAUGUACAUGGUCCAUAUCGGCCAAGUAUGCAUUCCUUCUUCAAUCAAGGAGAUGAAUCUAUUUGUUAAUGAAAUAGAAACUCUUUUAAGAGUGCGAGAGAUUUUUUGUAAAUCAUUUGGUACUUUAUACAGUAAGCUUUGUAAUCCAAGCCCACCAUCACCAAAGGAAUUGUCCAAUAUG